UUGACUUUUCUUCUAUUCUCGUAUUUUCCUGCCUGCCCUAUUUUCAUAUCACUUUCUUCCCCUUGACCAUCUAAACUCAUAUCAAGAUGCCUGUCGCUGGCUCCAAGGUUCUCCUGCUGGGCUCCGGCUUCGUGACCAAGCCCACCGUCGAGGUUCUCAGCAAGGCUGAUGUGCAUGUCACUGUUGCCUGCCGCACCCUCGAGAGCGCCCAGAAACUCAGCGAAGGCUUCAAGAACACCACCGCCAUCUCCCUGGACGUCAACGACGAUGCCGCCCUCGACAAGGCGAUGUCACAGGUCGACCUGGCCAUCUCGCUGAUCCCUUACACCUUCCACGCGCAGGUCAUCAAGGCCGCCAUCCGCACGAAGAAGCACGUGGUGACGACCUCGUACGUCUCGCCCGCGAUGAUGGAGCUGGACGAGGAGGCCAAGAAGGCGGGAAUUGUGGUGAUGAACGAGAUUGGUCUUGAUCCUGGAAUCGACCACCUCUACGCGGUGAAGACCAUCUCCGAAGUCCACGCCGAGGGCGGCAAAAUCACCUCCUUCCUCAGCUACUGCGGCGGCCUGCCGGCCCCGGAAUGCUCCAACAACCCGCUGGGCUACAAGUUCUCGUGGUCGUCGCGGGGAGUGCUCCUGGCGCUGCGCAACGCGGCCAAGUUCUACCGCGACGGGGAGGAAUUCAGCGUCGCGGGGCCCGACCUCAUGGCCACCGCCAAGCCGUACUUCAUCUACCCGGGGUUCGCCUUUGUGGCGUACCCGAACCGCGACUCGACGCCCUACCGGGAGCGGUACAGCAUCCCCGAGGCGCAGACGGUGAUCCGCGGGACGCUGCGCUACCAGGGCUUUCCCGAGAUGAUCAAGACCCUCGUCGAUAUUGGUUUCCUGGACGACACCCCGCGCGAGUACUUGGCGGCGGGUGCUGGUGGUGCAAUUAGCUGGAAGGAGGCGACCCAGAAGAUCCUGGGCGCGACCUCCGCCGCCGAGAAGGACCUCGAGUGGGCGAUCGCCAGCAAGACCCAGUUCGCCAACAACGAGGAGCGCAACCGCAUCAUUUCCGGGCUGCGCUGGAUCGGCCUCUUCUCCGAUGAACCCACCACCCCGCGCGGGAACCCCCUCGAUACCCUCUGCGCCACCCUCGAGCAGAAGAUGCAGUACGCCCCCGACGAGCGCGACCUCGUCAUGCUGCAGCACCGCUUCGAGAUCGAGCACAAGGACGGCAGCAAGGAGACCCGCACCUCGACCCUGUGCGAGUACGGCGUGCCCGGCGGCUACUCCGCCAUGGCCAAGACCGUCGGUGUCCCCUGCGGUGUCGCUGUGAAGUUGGUGCUGGAUGGUACAAUUAACCAGAAGGGUGUUAUCGCUCCUAUGACCAUGGAUAUCUGUACUCCUCUCAUCAAGGCCCUCAAGGAGGACUACGGUAUCGAGAUGAUCGAGAAGACUCUGUAGAAUGAUUUCCGCAGUGUGUUACGAACUCAAUUUAUGACCGUGCAAUUAGUGGGGUGAUUUUUUUUUUAGAUUCUUUCAAAAGCUAGGGUAGAGAAAAAGAACAAAAUUUUGAUCGCAUGGGAUUUUAGCCUCCAGCACUCCGUGUCGUAUCUCUUCCUAUCUCAAUCAAUUGGCG